CAGUGUCUCCCGUGACGUCACGCGUGGACGUGCCUGGUUAAAGCUGCGAGCGGCCGCCCCACUGAGUGUGGAGAUCGGAGUGACAGCGGCUACAGGUGCACGGACUCCCGGGAGGGACAGCAGGAGGUGAGAUUUAGUGCACCAUGGGAGGCGUUGUGGUGGAUGAUAAUCCGUCUGGCGUUAAGGCCCCUGAUGGCGGAUGGGGCUGGGCCGUCCUCUUCGGCUGUUUCGUGAUCACUGGAUUCUCCUACGCGUUUCCCAAAGCCGUCAGUGUCUUCUUCAAAGAGCUCAUUCGGGAGUUUGACGUUGGGUACAGUGACACGGCAUGGAUCUCCUCCAUCCUCCUGGCUAUGCUCUAUGGGACAGGUCCUCUUUGCAGUAUCUGCGUAAAUCGAUUUGGUUGCCGACCGGUCAUGAUGGUUGGGGGUCUCUUUGCAUCUCUCGGCAUGGUACUGGCUUCGUUUUGCACAAACAUCAUUGCUAUCUACCUCACUGCAGGAGUCAUCACAGGUUUGGGUCUAGCUCUCAACUUCCAACCUUCUCUCAUCAUGUUGAAUCGCUAUUUUGACAAACGCCGGCCACUGGCAAAUGGACUGGCAGCUGCAGGAAGCCCGGUGUUUCUCUGUGCUUUGUCUCCUCUUGGACAGAUACUUCAAUAUGAGUUUGGUUGGCGUGGUGGGUUCCUCAUCUUGGGUGGCUUGCUCCUCAACUGCUGUGCCUGUGGUGCUCUAAUGCGACCACUAGAACCCCCAAAGAAGGCCAUAGAAGAGGUUAAAGAAGUAAAAGACAAAAAACCUAAGAAGCUUCUUGACUUCACUGUGUUCAAGGAUCGUGGCUUUGUCAUCUACACGUUGGCGGCUUCCAUUAUGGUUUUGGGACUUUUCGUGCCACCCGUGUUUGUUGUAAGUUAUGCCAAAGACUUGGGAACACAGGACACGAAGGCUGCAUUCCUCCUCACCAUCCUUGGAUUCGUAGAUAUAUUUGCACGGCCCACAUGCGGCGUCAUCGCAGGCUUGAAGUGGGUUCGACCACGAUGCGUCUACUUAUUUGGCUUUGCUAUGAUUUUCAAUGGGUUUACAGAUCUGAUGGGUUCCAUGGCUGAUACCUACGGAGGUCUGGUGGUUUUCUGCAUCUUCUUUGGCAUAUCCUACGGGAUGGUCGGUGCUCUGCAAUUUGAAGUCCUGAUGGCUAUUGUUGGCACGCAGAAAUUCUCCAGUGCCAUUGGACUGGUACUACUGGCUGAAGCCAUUGCUGUCUUGAUUGGUCCACCAUCAGCAGGUAAAAUCCUCGAUGCGACCGGGAGGUACAUGUUUGUCUUCAUCAUCGCGGGCUGUGAAGUUGUGACCUCUGCGCUCGUCCUCACGAGUGGAAAUUUCUUCUGCCUCAAGAAAAAACCAGAGGAAUCGGAAGCCAAAGACAUCACCGAAAUAAAGGAGAUUAAAAAAGCAGAAGAGAACGGACCAGAAAGCGACAAAGCCGAACCCGCGGAAGUAGAACAGUUCUUGAAAGACGAAAAGAACGGUGAAGUUCUCACAAAUCCAGAGUCUUGUGUGUGAAGAGUUCUAGAAUGUUUUAAAAUUUUAUAGGAAGUUUCAGGAGAUUCUCUCUGUAGGUUUAGGGCUGUGCCAAGUAUUAACCGUUUCAAAUGUCAACCAAAAAAAAAUCACUUUUGAGGAUGAAAGGACCAUUCUUUCAAACUAAGUGGAAUAGAUAAUCAUGCAAACUGUCAAAGCUUUUGAGUUUGUGCUUGUUUUGAGGUUUGUACACUUCAUGUUUUUAGAUUUGUUUUUAAUAUAUUUUUUUUUUUGGGUGGCUUUUAACUACGUAAAGUCCAAAUGUUUGGAGUCUGAACAGUUUACGUGUGUUAUUUAUUGUUUUAUAAGUCCUUUAUACACUUUUGUGAUAUGUAACUUCAGAGUUUUAUUUGGUAUUGCACUGAAAAGUGAGCAAACAAUAAAUAUAUGUACUUUUUAAUAAAAAAAAAACAAA